CAGAAACUUUUAAUUUUAUGGUAAAUUCAGUAUACGAUAUGAUACGAUAGAUGUCAGAUGAUAAAAUUGAGAGUGUAAAUCCCUUUUAUCAUAGACCUCAAUGGACGCUCUAUCAAUGUCUAAAAAUAUUCUUCCUAACCUUUACUAUACUUCCAUUGAGAUUAUUGAUAAUGGGAUGUGUUUUUUUGCUUCUUUAUCCUUCUGUAUGUGUGGCUUAUUGGUUUGGGUCAAAACAGAAAAGAAAAUUCCAGAAUAAAGAUCCAUCCAACUGUGUUAUAACAAGAGAAAUCCCUUUAUCUGGAUGGAUAUAUUACCAUAUGCUACCAUGGCUGGACUUUUUAAAUAGAACAUUGCUAUGGGCCUGUGGAUUCCUCCAUAUUAAAAUCAUUGGUGAACCUUGUACUCAAACAAAAAUUCUAGUUUGUGCUCCUCAUUCAACUUUUGCUGAUAGUAUAGUAGUUAUGUAUCCACAUCUUAAAACAAUCGUUGCCAAAAAAGCUGCACAACAUUUAUUUGCUUUAGGAACUUUGGUUAGCUUCCUUCAGCCAAUUUGGGUUGAGAGAGAUGAAUUGAAUUCACGAAGAAAUGCCAUUCAAGGAAUUAUUAACCGAAUGAAUGACGGUGACAAUGUUGGGACACUCAAUCAAUGGCCUCAAAUAUGUAUAUUCCCUGAAGGGACUUGUACUAAUAGGAAAGCCCUUAUAUAUUUCAAAAAAGGAGCUUUUUAUCCAGGAUUUCCUGUUCAGCCUGUUUGUAUUAGAUAUCCCAAUGAUUUUGAUUGCUUAACCUGGACAUGGGAUGGCCCUAACACGCUUCUCGUUAUAUGGUGGUCGCUGUGUCAACCAUAUUUGAAAAUCGAAAUUGAAUAUUUGCCUGUCUACCAUCCAAAUGAAUCUGAGAAAAAAGAUGGGUCCCUAUUCGCAGAAAAUGUUAGGACACUCAUGGCUAGACAUUUGAAGAUUCCUAAAAGCAACUCGACUUACGAAGAUUGCAAGAAUGCUUGGAAAAUUAACGAAGCAGUGCAAAAAUUUCAAACUAUACACAAAGCCAAAGAGCCUUCUAAAUUAUUGAAUUCGCUUAAUUUCCUGUGUGCAACAUUAUUAAUUAACUAUUACAAGACAAAAAAUUACACCCAACAAAAUUCGACAAAUAACUCAAGUGGUCUUAACGAACCACUCAUUCGUGAUCGUGCCUUAUUGGUGACUUCCAAUUUUAUCUCGUUUCUACAAAAUGAAUACCAAAAAGAUCAAAAACUAAAUAAAAUAUUAUCCAAAGAAGAAUCCAAAUACUUUCAGAAUCUAAGUCAAUUAGUCAAACCUGGCCAAAGUCACAAUACUAAUCAAAACAACAAUGUGCCUAUUAUAUCCGUGGAUCUCGAAAAUCAUACACCCGAAGAACGUAUUGACGUGAAGAAAGUUGCAAACCUGUUUUAUAUUAUUAACCAUUAUGAAGCAACUCAAUUAAAAGCUAAUAAUAUAAAAAGUGUUCUUGAUGAAUGCAACUUGGAAAGUAAUUUGUUCGAUGAUAUAUUUGUUGAGAGGAUUAUAAGUGUUCCUACUUUGAAAGAUUUAUUAAACAAAUACCUUACCAAAACUUUGACGAAACACGAUGAAUCCAUGUCCAAUAUGUUUUACUUCGAUGGUUUGAACAAGAAAACGAAUUAAACUAUAAAUAGCUCAUAUAUUUUUUUAUAUUUGAUUUACAUAAAAAAAGAAGUCAUCCUAAUUUAUUCGCAAAUUUCUAAAAAAAAAAAAUUUUAAAUAUUUGUUGACAGAA